UUUUUUGAUUUGUCAAAAAAAUAAAUAAAAAUAAAAAUAAAAAAUAGGAAAAAUAAAUGCAAAGGGAGUUGAGUAUUUCAGAGACAUGGGGGAGGGAGUGACAGUAAGCGCCACUUUAUUUGGGCCACAGUGAGGGAGGAGGUUUAUGCCGGAAACCCAAAAGCUGCAAGUGUGUGUGUGUGUAAUCGGAGAAAAUGGAGAGAAUAAGGCUUCGAUUGACGUUUGAGGACCCCCACAUUCUGAGUGACUUACAAAAAUCAGAGGGUUUGAGGCGUAGUUGGUUUCUUCUCAAACCCCAAAUACACACAACUAUCUCUCAACUCUCUUCUCAUAUUCUCACCACUUUUCAAAUCAAUCACUCUUGUCCUCAUGGAAUUCUCCUAUAUAUGGAUGGUUUUCUCUUGCCUCCUUUUGAAUCAACUUGUAUCUUGAAGAAUAGAUGUAUAGUCAGUGUGAAGAAGAAAGGAGGUGUUUUAGCCAUUGAAGGAAAUGAUGGGCCAAAAUUAGCUGAGAACAUCAGAAUUGUUGAGAAGCAACCUGUAAAGACAGGACACUUACCGUUGGAGAAUAAGGAGUUUGACAAUGAAUCUGGAGGUUAUGACAGUGAAGAUGAGUCUGAAGAUGAGGAAGUGGCAGAUCUAGUAAAACUCACAAGUCCACAUCUUGAAAAUUCUUUGGGUUGUAAUGUGAUCUCCGAGAAAAGGAAGGCUUCAGAAACACUUCCUAGCCUGGAGAAGAAGAAACAUUGUUCUGAAGUGUCUGAGAAGGUUGAUGAGCAGACCAAGAAAUCUCAACAAGAUCUCACAAGCAAUAAGAGUCUUUGCAAGCAAAAGAAGGUAGCUGAUCCGGAUAGCAACGAUGUGGAUAAGAUCAAAGGAAAUGCAGAAAGUAGCAAGGUUAAUGACAGUACUUCGGGCAUGAAGAAAAAUGACGAGUUUCAAGAGAAAGGUUUGGAGAAUGUAGAGGCAACCACCAAGCCUGAGAGAGUUAAAAAGGGCCCAAGUAGAAGUGCCCGGAAACAAUAUGCGAAAAGGCAAUGGUUGAGAGAAAUGAUCAAACUUUAUAAGAAUGUAGCUUCUGAAACAGAGGGACUUACUAAUGCUGGAAAAAGAGCCGGCAACUUGCACCCAAAGUGGCUUGUUAAUAGUGAGACUGAAGGCAGACCAAAGGGACGUUGGAAUAGGAAGCAGCAACAAAGCAAAGAUAAAUAUCAAGAGGUGAUUGGCCAACCAAAAGGACUUGAGAGUAAUCAGAUUGGCCAACCAAAAGGACUUCUGCACUGGAAGCAAUCCCGCGAAGAAGCUAAGGUUAGAGAUACAAACAGACAAGGGCAGGCAAAUGAAAAAAGCACCUUGUGUGAAAAACCAGAACAUGGUGAUAUGGAGGAUGAAAUUGUUCCAGGUCAAGCUUUGCAGCAGGAUCAAGUGCAAGAGAUAGAUUUUCCGCCAGUUCCUGAAGUUCACCUUGUCAAAAAUGGUAAUUCAGACUCUGUAACAGGACUAUCUGGUCAGCACAGUGAUGAUGAUGCUACAAACAAAUCAAACCCAGUGCCUAAUGCUGGUGAGAAGAAAACUCAUGGCCCAGCUAAAGAAAAUGGAGGUGUAGACCUCUGGGAACAACACUGUGAGACCAUGAAGGUGGAGAACGAAGAGUUACAGAAAGAAAAUAGCUGGGGUACAUGGAGCUCUGGGAAGCAGAGCUCAUGGUCAGAGAGAGCCUUGAGAGAGGGUGCUUGUGGUCCUACAAUGGCCCUGAGAGACGGAGCUCGUGGUCCUACAAUGGCCUUGAGAGGCGGUGCUCGUGGUCCUAGAAUGGCCUUGAGAGGCUGUGGUCGUGGUCCUAGAAUGGCCUUUCGAAGAUUUAGAAAAUGAAGUAUGAGAUGAAGCAAAACUUGUAUAUAUUGUUUUUUGCUCCCAAGUUUUAGCUGAACGAAGAGGAUGAACAACAUUUGGUACAUAUCAAGGGGAAAGUUUGUUGCUUACAGUGGCAGCUAAUUAGUGGUCUUAAUGCAUUCGUGGGUGAGUUUUGCUAGUGCUACUUAAAAUCUAUCUGGCUGUCUCAAAGCUAGCUUUUAAAAAUGUUCCAUAUGUAGCUUCCCAAAACUUGUUUACCUUUGUUGUACUGUACUGCAACUCUGCAAAGUGUACCCAAAACUGGUUUGAGCUUUUGGUGUAAGAAAUUCUAGCCUAUAUAAUAUGCUUUAAGCAUGGUUUCCUGUUA